AUGCAAGAUCUCCCACCUAUUGGAGGAUAUGAUCCUGUCCAGUGGAAAAGAAAUGUCCCUUCAAGAGGUUUUAGGCCUGUGAUUUAUUUCUGGGGAAUUGUUGGAUUCAUGUCCUUCGGAUUCUACAGAUUCUACCAAGGUGUAGAUGAGCAAAGAGAAUUAUCCAGAGAAAAGCAAUGGGCUCGUUUCUACUUACAGCCAUUAUUGUUAGCUGAAGAAGACAGACAAAAGGCUAGAAGGUACUUUGCUGAAAAGGCUAGACAAGAUUUGGUUGCUGAAUCAAUGUCCCCAACAAGAAGGGCCAAAUUCGAAGAAGAAGUGUACGAAGAUAAAUCCAAGUUCCGUUUCCCACGUUUCCGUGCUACAGUUCAACCAAAUGAUCGUUAA